GAGACGUUCUUGUCACGUUUGCUCGGCUGAAGGAAGAAACGCGUCCACCGCACACGGAUGUUUGAGUCACCAACCAGGGCAGCGAGAUGAAGAAGCAGAGGGAGAGCCAGUGCACUCAGAAGACCAUCUCAUUGCUGAGCCCCCUGGGGACGAUCCAAGUCAGUGGAUGUGAGAAUGGUGUGCACACCAUCCGGAUCCUAAUGGAUGUCGCACCUGCUGAAAGGAGCGACGCGGCCCCCCUGAGCUGUGUGGUCAACGAUAGCCCGCCAGAAACGAGCCCCGAGUUGCGGCGCUGCGUCGAAUGGCUCCAGGCGUACUUCAGUGAGCCACAGACCACUGGGAGUCUCCCGCUCCCUGCCUUUCACCACCCCGCCCUGCAAGGAGAUGCGUUCACCUGCCGCGUGCUGCGCGUUCUCCUGGAGGAUGUGAAGUUCGGAGAGACGGUGUCAUACAAACGCCUCGCUGAGAUGGCGGGAAACCCCAGAGCGGUGCGAGCGGUGGGAGGAGCCAUGAGGAGGAACCCGGUUCCGCUCCUCAUUCCCUGCCACAGAGUCAUUUCCAGCAGUGGACAGAGUGGGCCGUACAUGAGCGGCAAGGGCGACCAUCUCAAACAAUGGCUGCUCACCCAUGAGAGGCAGCGAGGGGAAGGCUAAAGCAUGACAGAGGCCAACUGUCCUUCAUUUACUGCACACACACACACACACACACACAUAUAUGUACGCGAGGGGAGGA